AUGACUACGGCCAGCCUUCGAGAUACUUGGACCUCUAGACAACGCCUGUACGAACGAGAUCUGGAAGAAGGGCCGACUGCUGCCCUUGAGCGAUUUCACACUGCUUACCUUGAUCGCUCACCUGGCCCAUUACUCCAGGGUGAUGAAGCGGUCGAGCUGGCGGAAGUUUUGAACGUGUGCUUGAGCGAGUCGUCUGGUAGCACUCUGGAACUCAAGCGCGCGCUAUCUGAAAGCGAUCAUAUCGUCCCGCUUCUGGGAGAUAUCAUGGCGGAUCCUGACUUCCUCAAGCACUAUCCUGUAUUCCCGCUUAGUGUGUCCGGUCUCGCAAUUGGACAUAUCGCAAUAUUGCUAUCAGUACUUCUUCGUAGGCCAGUCCUGGAGCCCGAACGCGAAGGGGACGGAUGGAGUCUACCAGUCGAGUUCGAGGUCUUUCACGUAUUUUGGGUCAAGAUGGACAAGGUCUGGGAUAACUUGUGGGAUCAUCGAUUAGACUUUUUCUACAUCGACAACUAUCGUCUUCGACUGGGGCUACUUCACCAGCUGGAGCUCAUGGCCUUCACUUCACAAGACCUGGAUGAGAAACUGGGAAUUGAACCGGAGUGCUUUAAGAAGCGAGCACAAGUGGCCCUCUUCGCGUGGGUUCAUAUUCACGGCAAUGACCACGUGACAACAGAGGACGACGUUUUGCGACUACAGUCACAACACUAUGGACCGGCCCUCAUAUGCGACUGGUACCACGUCAAUGGGGACGACCCAGAUAGCGAAUCUGUCUUACUGGAUUUCUUCGAGGAUGUGGGGGUAGAUAUUGCACAGAAUGCUGCCUGGAAUGCCUUCUACUGGUCUAGAUCCAUGAUUGGUCCUCCGUUUCUUGGUUGCGUCAGGAUGUUCACGUUACACCAGAAUCUGUUCUUGCAAUCUGCAUAUAACUCGCGCUUCAACAUAUUAGUCGCGAUAUCAGCUGCCUUCGAUCGGCAGAACGACCGGGUGGAUUUCGCGAUAUCUCGAGGGCUCGAUUUACCAGAGGACGAGGAACUGUGUCAUAGACUGAACGCUCUAUACGCGGCGUAUGAGCAUAUUGAAAUCGUUUUUCUUGAGGCUUCUGAAAGCCAUAUGCAACCAAGUGACACACUAUCAGACGUACUGGUCCACUCUAUAUGGUUUUUAUUCAUAUACGGGGCCGGUCUGGCCAUUGAGACCGACGGACUGCGGGAGGAAAUCCCUAUACCCUUGUCGACUGCAUCCCUGUCCGAGUUUGCCGACAUCUUCACUCGAGUGUUAGGCAAAUUCGACUCUGCCCUGAGCGAAGGCGGACUACCUUCCGACGUUACCGAUAGCCUCUGCGCAGCUGCAAGCAAUAUGCCAACAUUGGGCGUCGGCCCUUGGUAUAGGAUGAUACCAGGCUUGCGGAGUCGAGCCAACGACGAUCAAAAUCCUCUCUCGAAGACAUUCACGACGAUGUUUGAGGCGUGGAUGAGGUUCGGCAAAGCGCUGAGGGUUGACGAAGUGACGGAACGCGACAGGGCCGCAUCUCCUUCGCCAAAACCCCUCUCAGUCUGUAAGGGGUGCCAUGAGACUAGGUACUGCUCAAGGACGUGCCAGAAAUUGGACUGGAAGGAGGGUGGUCAUCGUUGUCGCAGGCUGAAGAGUUAA